AUCACUUCAGACAAAUAUUCACACUGUCUUUAAAAUUUGCAGGGAAUUUUUUCCCCCCCCUCAGCAGAGUCAACAAAAAACAAUUUACCCGCCAUCUAAACGUGGUCCAACCCCAUAAGAGGCGGGGCCAGUGAUUCUAUUGGCUGUUUAGGGCCUUUGUUGUUGAGCCAGCCAAUCAGGACGCAGCACUCUUCAGAACCGCACCAGCUGAUGUGUGACGUGUUUCUCAGCUUGUUUCAGUCAGCGCCAAGACGAGACGAGACGCUUCUCCGGACGGCUUUGAGACUGGAAAUAAAAAGAAACGUUUUUAUCCAGAUAUUAGAGCUACAGCCUGGUCUGGUGAAAAAUGCCCAACACUCGCUCUCAGAGACAGCCAACUCUCCAGUUCCCCAAGCGCAAGUCCUCCAGGGUCUCUUCCCAACCCAAAAAGUCACCUCAGCCGGACUCGGAGCAUGUCCUGGACGCCCGAACUAUCCCACUGUCUCCCAGAAACACCGGCUUGGGUGUCAGAAACGUCCCACUUUCUCCCGCGAAGACAGUUGCGGACGCCCGGAUCUUCCCUCUUUCUCCCAGGAAGACGAAUGUCGUAGACACCCGUGCCAUUCCCCUGUCCCCACGACACCACGUCCUCCAAAGCAUCCCUCCAUCUGAGAGACUCCCUCUGAGUCCCAGAAAGCGCACAGGCGAUGAGAACGGAUGCAACCUGCCAGCGUCUCUUCAGGGUUCUCCACCCAAGCAGAGCCGUCCCUCACUAGGCUCUCCUCGCAAGCUGUCCUUUAACGAGAACACACCUGUUUUCACGUCUCCUCUUCGGCCUACCUCGUCCUUGACUUGCUCUACUCCCAAAUGCUUGAAGGAGCCCACCAAAGCUGAAUCCGAUGCAGCGGAGGUGGUGUCCAUCCCUGUUGCAAAAAAAUCGCAGUACCAGUGUGUGAAACAGGCUCUUCACACGGCCGUGCCUGAGCGACUGCUCUCUCGAGAGACCGAGCGAGGCGUUAUCGUCUCCUUCCUGGAGCAACACGCGAUGUCCGGCAAGCCGUCCAGCCUGUACAUCUCUGGAGCUCCUGGAACGGGGAAGACAGCCUGUUUGAACUGCGUGCUUCAAGAACGCAAGGCUUUCCUAAAAGGAGUGCAGACUGUGGUGAUUAAUUGCAUGACACUGCGUAGCUCCCAUUCGAUCUUCCCACUUCUGGCUGAAAAACUGGGAACGUCCAGAGGCCACAGUGAUGGCAAGCUCGAGAAACUGCUGACCAGUUCAGGCCCCACUGUGCUGUUGGUACUGGAUGAGAUGGAUCAGCUGGACAGCAAGGCCCAAGAUGUUCUCUAUACCAUCUUUGAAUGGCCUUAUCUCCCUAAGUCUCGGCUGUGUCUCAUCGGUGUCGCGAACGCUCUUGACCUGACUGACCGUAUUUUGCCCAGACUGCAGGCGAAGCCUCACUGCAGACCGCAGCUUCUUCACUUCCCUCCCUACAGCCGCCAGGAGCUGUCCGCCAUCGUCCAGGACCGACUCGCGCAGGUGUCAGGAGAAGGUGUUCUCGAUGCUGCUGCCGUUCAGUUUUGUGCCAGGAAGGUGUCUGCGGUUUCAGGAGAUGCCCGAAAAGCAUUAGACAUCUGCAGGAGGGCUGUAGAGAUGGUCGAGUCUAACAACCGACCCAGAACGUCUUCCGAAUCGACAAACACCACUACAAAUACUAAUACUAAAGCACGUGUGAGUGUUCCUCAGGUGGCGCGGGUGCUGUCGGAGGUGUAUGGAGACCGCAUGGCCUCCAGUGUCGGAGAGGAAGGAGAAAGCUUCCCCCUGCAGCAGAAAUUGCUGGUGUGCUGCCUGCUCCUGCUUACACGCAGCGGCAAGAGUCGAGAGAUCCAGCUGGGAAAGCUGUGCGAGACCUACAGUAAGCUGUGCCAGCAGAGGCAGGUCAGUGGAGUGGGCCAAGGCGAGUGUCUGUCAUUGUGCAGUUUACUAGAAAGCAGAGGCAUCUUCUCUCUCAAGAAGGCCAAAGAAGCCCGACUCACCAAGAUCUCUCUGAAGAUCGAGGAGAAGGAUGUGGAGAACGCGUUGAAGGAUCGUGUGUUACUUGGCAGUAUCUUAGCUGGAGGCCUGCCGUGAUCUCCGUCAAUACCGCUGCAAUCCUCCUGCAUCCACCAGCAUGUAUUGCCUCCAGACCGUCACGGUCCCUUUUUUUUUUUUCCCCUUCUUUUUUUCUUCCUUCAAGAAGUGAUUGUGUUUUGCUUCAGGAUAAUUAUUUAAGUUUUUUUUUUUUAAAGAUUCGAUUAGUGUAUUUACAUUCUAAUGUAAAUAAAUGUACAGGAUUUUAAAAUUAUACUUUUUUUUUGCGUGUGUGUUUAAUAGUGGUGACCUUUCCACUAAAUCUCCACUCCCACCAAAGAAAGAAACGGGUCCACGCUUCAGUUAGUAACUGAUUUUAUUUAGUAGUUUUUUUUUGUUAUAAAGUAUGAUGUAGAAACACUAUAAAGAUAAUUGCCACACUUCCAACAUUCCCCCUCAGCAUUCUCAUUGUGUAACUGCUUUAAUUAUUGGUAUCACCAAAGAUCUAAAAAUCCUAUGUAGGGGAGGAAAAAGUGUCAAACCUGCAGAAUGCUAAUUAGUCGGAUGUUAUUUAAAGAUUACGAACACAUGAUACAGGAGAAAUGAGAAAAGAUCUACGCCGAGGCCCGUGUAUAAAUAUUGCGCCGUGGUGCAGUCCUUUCCUGCACUGCUGCUGGACAGUGAAAAACCACUCAACAUUCGGACAAAGGGACGUCUUAAACGCUAUAAAGUACAUUUAUUUAUUCUGUGGUUGCUGUGCAAGAAAAAGGCAAAACAGUCCGUCGAUGUGAGUUGGAUUCUGAAUGUUACCACUUCCAUCAUUAUGGCACAAACUAUUAAAAGCUUGAGUUAAGACCUGCUAUAUCACUCAGCCCGAGGGUGGGCUUUAAGCUGCGUGGAGGGAAAAGAGGAUCAGUUUACGUGCUUAUCAUCCGCCUACUGCGUGACUGAAGUGGAUAAAGUGUUAAAGCUGAAUUGGGGUCAAUUGAUUCGCAGUGUUCAGUCUCAGCCAUGCCAGCUUUUCCUACUGUCAAAUGUGUGCUUAAAAAAAACAGUAACUCAUUAAAAUCUCUUUGGUAGAUUCCCAGUCCUCCUGUCUAAUGAGUUUACAAACCCCCAAUAAGCCCUAAAAUACAACAUUUUCUACAAAAAAAAAAGAA